AAGGGUUAAUUCUGGACUGCAGGGACAGGAAGAUGUUCACGUUUGUGAAACUCAAGGCCAACACGCUUUAAGAAAUUCAAGCUCAGUUUCUUAAGGAAUGUAACAAAUGCUCCGGUGUACGUUUGCAUCAUUGGAUUAAACGUGAUUUCAUUCAAUAUUUGAACGGGUUCGGUCUUCUAAACACAAGGAAGGGAUUUCUUCUCGAGCGGGUCCAGAAAGUUCCAGAAAAGACUGGAAAAAAUGAGAUAAGCCAAGGUUUGCAGGCGUUCGACAGCCAGAGGACGAAAAGCAACGUGUCCGGAGGAGAAUCGAGUCCAUGGUAAGGCUUGGAAACAUGUCCUACAGUGACCAGACGCCACCCAGCCACAGCAGGACCAACAGCAGUAGUUCUGGGGCGCAGUAUGCUACUGCCGCACUGGGCGUGGGCCUUAUUGCUCUGGGGAUAGUCAUGAUUGUUUGGACCGUGGUGCCGGCAGGGUCCGGAGGGAACAGCUCCAGCCCCGGCAUGGAUCAGGGUCAAGUUCGGGAUACCUCAUCUGUGGCGUUCGUCCUAGUGGGGGGAGGAGUGUUGCUUCUGCUGCUGUCUGUGUGUCUGAGCAUACGGAACAAACAGCGGGCAGCCAGGGGACAGGAAGCCAGCAGUACACCCGCUAACACACAGGAGGAGGGAGCUACGAUGGACCAACUAGCUCAAAACUACAUGGUCCCCACUUACGAGGAGGUUGUAAUGAGUGGCCAGUAUCCCAUCAGUCAGACCUCUGACCGACACAACAGCAUCACCCAGCUACCAGCUUAUGAGGAGCUAGAUGAAGAUCAACACACUGUUGAAGAUGAAGUCAACCAAGCACGUAGACCUUCUUCUCAAAUCGACCCCAGCGCUGGAGCGGGUGGCCGGAGAAACAGCCGCCCCGGACGCAAGCUGAUUCCUCUUAAAAUUAGGCGCAUCAAAUCUGACAAUCUAAGAAGGAAAAGCUUAAGCGAUAUCCAGCAGGCUAACGUGUUCACCAUCGAGCCCCUCACGCCGCCUCCGCAGUAUGACGAUAAGCUCCCUCCGCUUCCUACAGACACACAACAGUGAAACAUGCUGGAGGUUUACGCUAAAACUGCAGUGUGAUGAAGUGUGCAUGCCUUUUUCACAAAUUACUACUGCGCUGAACUCCAUAUUACUCCUCUGGAUAGGACGUGCCACUAUCAGCAGCAUAGAGGAGGCAGUACUGUGUAAUGGUGGAGAGCCUUCAUUAUGUCUUCCUGUGAUGGCUGUCUAUUUCCUGUUUAGCAAAAAAAAACAAAAACAAAAAAAAGUUGGAUUAAAACUGGAUUUCUGAAAAAUGUUUACUGAAAAACUGCUGGUCUUGAUACAUAUCAGGCUGGUCUUGUUAUUACUGUCAAACUUGAAAUUCAGCAUCCAAGCUGUCCAAAGCUUUAUUGCAUAGGAUGUCAACAAGAAUUUCCGAAGAGAUGUGAAACUGUGUAAACUGUGAGUCACAGCAGCACUGUUGUGUUUUUUUGCACUUAUUUGUGUGUGUGUGUGUGUGUGUGUGUGUGUGUGUGUGUGUGUGUGUCGGGUGUGAGUGCAUGUGAUGUUUUGUUGUACAUUUUCCAUUAACUUUGCUUUAGUUUUUGUAUUGGUUUCAACUUUCUGUGUUUGUGUGUAACUAUACUUGUUCUUCGUGACUUUGUUGCCGGAGUGACAAACCGUGAGGUCAUCAGUAUGUGUCUGUCCUCAUGGUUUACGACACAGAGAGGUUCAUUGACCCUGCAGCUGCCUUAUAUCACUCUCUCACCAACACACCACCAGCCACAGAGAAUUUCUUGUCUCUCUUUUCCACUAACUUGGAUACACAAACACUUAGUCUUUUCAUCCCUUUAUUUUUAACUUUUAAUGUUGAUUUGUGUGAAGACAACUUUGUUUUUUCAGAGGGCAGCUGUGGCAUCUCCUUGCUGUGAGGUUCAAGCUCCCAAUCAUCUGUCUGCACUUGCGUUACUGCUCUAAACACUCCAGGAUUUUCACAUUAAGACAUACCAGCUGCUGGUUAUUACUGAAAUCAGUGUUUGUUUUUUUGGAAGUUUUGCUGAUGCCACUGCAGUUUAAGAUGGAUAUGGCUGGAAAAAUGUUGCUAAAUCUCAUGUGUUAUUUAAUAUGUUGUACGUUUCUACUGUUGAUUCUUUUUCUAUUUUGUUAUAUUCUGUUUAUAAUUGUAAGCUAGUAUGUAAUUAGAAAUAAAAACAGUUUGACAUGUGGAUGUAUUUAAUCUAGAAUAUUAAAAAUAUAUAUUUGUGUCAUGAGGGAUGCUAAAAAUAAAGUGUGUGAGUGAGUGAUAGCGAAACGGAAUAAAUUUUGUCCUUCAGAGAAAUUCCUGUAUUUUAGAAAGAUCGAAAGGAAUAAAAAUGUUGGUAUGAAUUA